UAGCAUUCUUCAUCACGCACCCUCCCAUACCUCUCCUCGCUUGUUUGGCUCUUUAAAAGCUGCUGCCAGUGGUAUCUGUCAGCCUCAUUAUCACCAUUUCUUGGUUUGAGCAAACUGCUAUCCACUUUUCAAAGCUGAGUGGGAAAUAAACCAAAGGAGGCUUCAUUCAGAGGUCCUCGGAGGCAUCAACAAAUCAAGCUCUUGGACAACUUUCAAGUGGGGGAUGCAUUUAUGUCUGAAUGUGCUGGGGCUUCUUUUCCUGCAGGCAGGCCUCUCAAGCCCCAGGCCGGCAACUACGCUGUCCAGAGGAUGUCCUGGGUGCAAAUGGAAGCCUUCCCAAACGCUGGGAGAUUUAAACGUCACCACUCUGGCCCUGGGAGAGCCGUGUGGGGUCUACACUCUGAGCUGUGCCAGCGGCCUUCGUUGUGCACCUGCGGCAAGCGACCCCAGACCUCUCCGCGCCCUGCUGGAGGGCAGGGGGGUCUGCAGCAAUGUCAGCGUAAUCAACUGGACGGAAAAGAGCCAAACUGCAGAUCCAGCACCAACUGAGGAUCCAGAGGAGGCCCCAUGUCGAAAGCUACUAACAACACUUAUUAGAAGCCUGGAUAGUUAUUUAUUCAAAUCACAUCAUGAUAUCUACAUGCCCAACUGUGACAAACGUGGCUUUUUCAGAAAGAAGCAGUGUUGGUCCUCCCGAGGUAAAAAACAUCGCGGUCGCUGCUGGUGUGUGGACGAGAGCGGCCUGCCAGUGACGUCAUACACACACAAGGACAGCCUGGCUUGUUGAUCAAUCUUGGAUUAAUGAGGGAAACAAAGACUGCAGCGCCCUUACCUUUGAAGGCUGAAGAAAGAGGACCUGAAGGAAUUCUCCUCGUCUACUCCAUUCACCGGAUGCUGUUUCAGGAAAAACUUGGAUUUUUUGCGCCCUCUAGUGAAUAUCCAGCGAACUGUUCUGUUCAAGAGUGAUAGGCACCUGUAACAAUGUUAGGUACACCUGUACAAAGCCAGUAUAAGUAGUGGCACCAACAUACAUGACCCACAAAACAUGUCUAAAUACCGUAUUUCCUUGAAUGGCCGUAGUGCAUACAGCAGGGGUCACCAACCUUUUUGAAACCAAGAGUACUUCUUGGGUAAUGAUUAAUGCGAAGGGCUACCAGUUUGAUACACACUUAAAUAAAUUGCCAGAAAUAGCCAAUUUGCUCAAUUUACCUUUAAUAAAUAAAUCUAUAUAUAUAAAAAAAAACAGGUAUUUCUGUCUGUCAUUCCGUCGUACAUUUUUUUUUUCCUUUUACGGAAGGUUUUUUGUAGUGAAUAAAUGAUGAAAAAAACCCACCUAAUUGAAUGGUUUAAAAGAGGAGAAAACACGAAAAAAGUGACAAUUAAAAUUUGAAACAUAGUUUAUCUUCAAUUUCAACUCUUUAAAAUUCAAAAUUCAACCAAAAAAAUGAAGAGAAAAACUAGCCAAUUCGAAUCUUUUUUUUUUUUUAAAUAAAAAAAUGAAUUUAUGGAACAUCAUUAGUAAUUUUUCCUGAUUAAAAUUAAUUUUAGAAUAGGUUAAAAUCUAAUCUGCACUUUGUUAGAGUAUAUAACAAAUUGGACCAAGCUAUAUGUCUAACAAAGACAAAUCAUUAUUUAUUCUAGAUUUUCCAGAACAAAUUUUUUUAAAGAAAUUCAAAAGACUUUGAAAUAAGAUUUAAAUUUGAUACUACAGAUUUUCUAGAUUUGCCAGAAUAAUUUUUUUGAAUUUUAAUCAUAAUAAGUUUGAAGAAAUAUUUCACAAAUAUUCUUCGUCGAAAAAACAAAAGCUAAAAUGAAGAAUUAAAUUCAAAUGUAUUCUUUGCAAUAAAACAAAUACAUCUACUUAAACAUUGAUUAAAAUUGUCAGGAAAGAAGAGGAAGGAAUUUAAAAGGUAAAAAGGUAUAUGUGUUUAAAAAUCCUAAAAUAAUUUUUAAGGUUGUAUUUUUUCUCAAAAAUUGUCUUUCUGAAAGUUAUAAGAAGCAAAGUAAAAAAAAAAAAAUUAAUGUAUUUAAACAAGUGAAGACCAAGUCUUUAAAAUAUUUUCUUGGAUUUUCAAAUUCUAUUUGAGUUUUGUCUGUCUUAGAUUUAAAAGUGUCGAGCAAAGCAAGACCAGCUUGCUGGUAAAUAAAUACAAUUUUAAUAAAAUAGAGGCAGCUCAUUGGUAAGUGCUGCUAUUUGAGCUAUUUUUAGAACAGGCCAGCAGGCUACUCAUUUGGUCCUCAUGGGCCCGCGGGCACCACGUUGGUGACCCCUGGCAUAUAGUAUGCGCCUGCCUUGAAUUACUGCAGGGUCAAACUAGCUUCCCAAAAUAAUUAGCGCAUGCUUAGUAUUACCGCCUGGUCAAACUCGUGACGUCACGAGUGACACUUCCCCUGUCAUCAUUUUCAAAAUGGAGGAGGCUGAUUUCAAUACCGGUAAUUUGAAAUUGCAUAAAGGGAAGAAAAUCAAGAGCUAUUCAGUUGGAUUUAAGGUCCAAGCUUACAUCACACUCACAUUUUUGCUGCAUACCUUUGGUAAGUGCCGGAGUGAGAACAGGUUUUAAAAUAAUUAGCGCAUGCUUACUUUUACCGCAUGCCUUUGGUAAGCGCAGGAGUGAGAAGAGGUUUUAAAUUAAUUAGCGCCCCGGCGGUAAUUCAAGGAAAUACGGUAAUAUAAAACUGAGCAUCCAUAUGUUUUGUGUUGGUUGCCGUGGUAACUGUUUGAAAUUGGAAGGGUUUUUUGGAACUUUAUUGACCGAUUCAAGCAACACAUUUGCAUUAUACAAGACUGUAACAGCAAGUAUUAAUAUUGGAUCUCAUUGCUGUUGUAACUAAUAUUUGUUGUGUAUUUUUUCUCUCGAUACCCCCCAAUGAAUCAUUUAUUACAAACAGUUGUUAAAUGUCUUUGGUUUGUGGAUUGCUUGCAUGUAUAAUUUUCUACAGCAUUUUUACACAAAACAAUAUUUUUACACCACUGUAAUCGUGUAAGAGUAUUAUGUCUUUUUAUUUAUGUUCCCAUUCAUCCGUAUUUAUGCCAGUAUUGAUAUGUAAUUCAGGGAUUAACCAAUGCUAUUUAGCAUGCUAAUAAAGAGGAGAAGCAGCGUUA